AUGGGCCCUCCGGAAAAAACGCCCCGCGAGAUGAAGGUUCUCGCUCUCGGUCUGCCUCGAACCGGCACUCUCUCCAUGGCCGAGGCGCUCACCACGCUCGGAUACGAGAACGUCUACCAUACGCUCAAGUCGACUUUCUACCAAGACGAGGACUUCCCCAAAUUCUACAGCCGCGCGGCCGAUGCCAUCUUCCCCAGGCUGCCGACGUACGCGGGGCAGCCGUUGACGCGCGUGGACCAGAUGGUCCUCCGGCGGCUGUGGAGUACAUGCGGCGGCAUAUUCGUGCGCUUCGUCGAGCCAGUCCUCGGCCUGACCACCAUCACGACCAUGAGGAAAAUGACGCUUGCAUUCUUCGAAGCGGACACGGUACAGGACGUGCCGAAAAAUGCGCAAAUGGCCUACGACCGACACCACCGCGUCAUCCGAGAAAUGGUGCCCCCGGAGCGGCUGCUCUUCUACAGCCUGGGGGACGGCUGGGAGCCACUGUGCAGGUUCCUGGGAAAGCCGGUGCCGGACCUGGAGUUCCCGAGGGUCAACGACGCGCGAGCCCUGGAAGCAAUGGGCCUCAGCUAUUUCCUCUUCACCUUCAAGGCCGCCUGCUGGGUGGUGCCCUCCCGGGCUCUGGGGCCCGCCGCCAUUGUGCUUGUCUUGUGGAUGACGGCGAACAAGUAUCUCUUCUGA